GAGGGAUAUCUGUCUAUUUCCAUGGUCUUAGGAGAUUGCUAGGAGAAGCAAGAAUGGAAGCAUUGACCACAGAUUUGGAAGACUUUGAAAACUCCGAAACAGCCUCAUUUCUGGGUUGUUAUUUGAUCUCUUCAUCUCCAUUUACCAUUUUCCACUGAUAUACAGAUCAACUUUUCUUCUUCUUCUUCUUCUUCUUCUUCUUCAGCCUGGAUUUUUCAACCAAAGAGAGAUUCACCCAGAUCGUCUCUACAGCCAACAGGGGUUGCCGAUUCAAAAUUUUGUUAAAAUCUUUGUCCUUGUGAGGAGCAAGUUUAGGUGGUAUUGAAUUCAGAUUACAUAUUCUACCUAGGCUUGUGGGUAGUUUAGGUUGGAAAUUGGUGAUUCUUCAAAGAUGGCCGUGGUGCAAGAUCAGCUAGAGAUCAAGUUUCGGUUGACUGAUGGAUCUGAUAUCGGUCCCAAAACCUUUCCUGCUGCUACAAGUGUUUCAACCUUGAAGGAGAGUGUUCUCGCUCAAUGGCCUAAAGACAAGGAGCAUGGUCCAAGGACAGUGAAAGAUCUCAAGUUAAUAAGUGCAGGCAAAAUACUGGAGAACAACAGAACAGUAGGGGAAUGCCGGAGCCCUCUCUGUGAUAUCCCCGGUGGCGUUACAACCAUGCAUGUAGUUGUUCAACCAUCUUCCUUGGAUAAAGAAAAGAGAUCAUCCAGACAAUCAAAGCAGAACAAAUGUGUUUGUGUUAUAUUAUAACUACAGCUCCAUGAGCAGGGAUGACAUCAAGGUAAAGAGUUUGGAGCUGGUUCAGUCACAAAGCUGGUGAAUUGCUUAUUGGUGAUAGGCCAUGGCAUCAUGUUCAUCUAUCAUGGGUCAUCUUUUUUGAGCCAUUCUUUGCCUUUCAUCAGAUAGCCGUGCCUCAGUCCAUUUGGUAUACUGUGAUUAAUGUUAAGUUUGAUUUCGACUCGGCUUGUAUGUAUGCAACUAGAUAUCAGAUUUAUAUGAUGAAAAUUAUAGAUUGGUGCAUAUUUCAUAUUUUUCAUUUUACAUUCA